AUGGCUUCAGUCGUUGAUGCAGAUGCUGGAGGUGGUGAAACCUUCGACGAAGAAGCAGAAGAAAGAGAUCAGGUUGAAAUCGAGCAACUGGUCGGAGAGUUUGUUGACGAGCCUUCCGUUCGACAUGAUCAGAUUCCUGAGAGUGAUGACGAGGAAGAGAAAGGCAUGAAGAAGAAGCCCGCAGAGGUUACUCACAUCAGACGCGACUCUGUUCUUGACUAUGCACUCAAGACCGGCGUAAAUAUCCAGCAAUACAGGUAUGAUAAAGAAAAAAUAGGGUUCAAGUGUGUUGGUUCUAAUGAUGGAGAAGGUUGUGGAUGGAAAAUCUAUGCAUCAGUUCUUCCCAGCGAUAAUGUGCGGAAAGUUAGAGUAUUUGUUGAGAACCAUUCUUGUGUGCCUAAUGGAGAGUGUUCAAUGCUGAAAGUGCCACAUAUUGCUAGAUUGUUUGUUGACAAAAUCAGGGAAGAACCGGAGUAUUAUAUGCCUAUGAAGAUUGAAGAAGUGGUUCAAGAAAAAUGGGGGAUCACGGUUUCGAGGCCUCAGUGCCAAGCUGCUAGAAAUAAAGCGUUGAAGUGGAUUGAGUAUGAGUAUGAUCAUCAGUUUGCUCGUCUUCGAGAUUACGCCGCUGAGUUGAUUGGAUCAAACAAAGACUCGACUGUGGUGAUUGACACUUUGAGAAAUAACAAGGGAGAAGAUGAGUUCAAUAGAUUUUAUGUUUGCUUUGACAACAUAAGAAGAACAUGGAAGGAGACUUGUAGACCCUUGAUUGGUGUUGAUGGAUGUUUUGUUAAACACAAGAUCAAAGGUCAAGUGCUGGUUGCAUUAGGAAGAGACGCAGAUAAUGCCAUAUAUCCAGUGGCAUGGGGAGUAGUUCAAGUGGAAAAUACCGAUAAUUGGUUAUGGUUUGUGAGAAUGGUAAAGAAGGACUUAGGCCUCGACAAUGGCGAGGGAUUUAUUCUAAUCUCUGAUCGUCAAAAGGGACUGAUUAGUGCUGUCCAACAGGAGCUUCCUAAAAUAGAACAUAGGAUGUGCGUGAGACAUAUCUACGGAAAUCUGAAGAAAAAGCAUGGGAGUAAAAGCGACAUGAAGCCUUACAUAUGGAGGUUAGCUUGGAGUUACAACGAAGCAGAGUAUCAGCGAAAUCUUGAUAGGAUUUUUAAUUACGAUGUUGGUGUAUACGAUGAUGUUCUGAAGACAAAUCCAAAGUCAUGGUGCAGAGCAUUCUACAGGUUGGGGCCAUAUUGUGAAGAUGUUGAAAAUAACUCGACAGAGUCUUUCAACAACACUAUUACGAAGGCAAGAGAUAUGCCAUUUGUGUCUAUGCUAGAGAGUAUAAGAAGACUUGCCAUGGCCCGCAUUGCAAAGCGAUCUGCUAUCUCUCAUUCUCACAAAGGGACUUGUACACCUUAUGUGACAGACUUUCUUAAGGAAGAGAAGAAGGAUGCUUCGCUUUGCAAAGUUACAAGAAGCACCAACGGAAUGUAUGAAGUUAAGUUAAGUUCAUGCACUUACCGGGUCAGCUUGGAUAAUUUCACCUGCUCGUGCAAGAAAUUUGAGAUAUGUGGUAUUCCCUGUGAGCAUGCAUAUGGAGUCAUUCUUCAGAAGAAGCUUAAGCCUGAGGAUUUCGUUUGUCAGUGGUUCAGAUUAGCGAUGUGGAGAAGAAACUAUGUAGAAGGCCUUGUGCCGGUUAGAGGUGCUCCGUUUUGGCCAGCAACAGGGGCUCCAGACAUUCAUAUUCCACCUGAGCCAGACCAACCGGGGAGGAAGAAGGUCACUAAAGCCGACAAAAAAAGGAAGAAAGGUGUGAACGAGUCUCCAACCAAGAAGCAAGCGAAACAUAAAAAAUGGAUUAUGCAUUGCGGAAUAUGUGGCCAACCUGAUCACAAUUCGAGGUUCCAUACGAAAAAUAAGACCUCUAAAGGUGCUUCUACUCAAGUUGCUUCUCGAGGUUCUUCUCAGGUUGCUUCUCCAGCUGCUUCUCAAGGUUCUUCUCAGGUUGCUUCUCCAGCUGGUGCUCAUAUCAUUCAUGGGUAUGAGGAUAUGUGUUGA